AUGUUUUCUUCCUAGUAACGCUCCCUCUACUGGUCAGUCCACCUUAACUUCUCUCCCUCUCGACUCCUCCUCCCUGCGAAAUUGCAGAGCGCAAAAUGGCGGAACUCACUUCUUCAAACCAGCAUUUUAGUUUCUUUCUUGUUUGUUUUUGCUUGUUUCUUCUUCGUGCUUCUUCUUCUUCUUCGAAUCCAGAUUUGAAGCCUCUGUUAGACUUCAAGUACGCAGCGGAUAAAGCCAACAAGCUCGGUUCGUGGAACUCGAGUACCGACCUCUGUGAGUGGACCGGUGUAUCUUGUCUACAGAACCGAGUUUCACGACUCGUCCUUGAGAACUUGGAGCUUACUGGUUCUUUCCAACCAUUGACUUCGCUGGCUCAGCUCAGAGUACUGAGUCUGAAGAAAAACCGACUCUCCGGUUCCAUUCCCGAUCUUUCCAACUUCACUGCCUUAAAGCUUCUCUUCUUAUCGCACAAUGAGUUUUCCGGCGACUUUCCAACAUCCGCAACGUCGCUAUCUAGACUAUACCGGUUGGAUCUGUCCUUUAACAACAUCUCCGGCGAGAUUCCCGCGACAGUCAACCGUUUGACUCAUCUGCUAACCCUUCGGCUUGAAGAAAACGGGUUUUCGGGUUCCAUUUCGGGUUUAAACCUCCCGAACCUUCAGGACUUCAAUGUCUCGCGUAACCGUUUCUCCGGUGAAAUACCGAAAUCGUUGUCGGGUUUUCCCGAAUCCGCUUUUGGUCAGAACGAAGCUCUUUGCGGAUCCCCAAUGCAGACGUGUAAAGGCACGGUGACUGACCCGACAAGACCCGGAUCCGAUGGAGCAUUAGCGUCGCCAUUGAUACCCGGUAACAACCCGAGAACAGUAUCAUCUUCCCCAAGCUCACUCCCCGUGAACUCAGAUGCUAACAAAAAACCUAACACCCAUCGCAACAACGCAGCAAAAAUCAGUCCAUUAGCUCUAAUCGCCAUAAUCCUCGGAGAUGUUAUCGUCCUCGCGCUAGUCUCCCUUCUUCUCUACUGCUACUUCUGGAGAAACUACGCGGCGAAAAUGCGAGAUGGGAAGGGCUCGAAGAUCCUCGAAGGUGAAAAAAUCGUGUACUCCUCGAGUCCGUACCCAACACAACCCGGGUUCGAGAGGGGUCGAAUGGUGUUCUUCGAAGGGGUGAAGCGGUUCGAGCUGGAGGACCUCCUGCGAGCCUCGGCGGAGAUGCUGGGAAAAGGAGGAUUCGGGACUGCGUACAAGGCAGUGCUCGAUGAUGGCAAUGUAGUCGCUGUGAAGAGAUUGAAGGAUGCGAAUGUGGGAAGCAAGAGGGAGUUUGAACAGAACAUGGAGGUUUUAGGAAGACUGAGACACCCGAAUUUAGUGAGCUUAAAAGCUUAUUAUUUCGCGAGAGAGGAAAAGCUUCUGGUCUAUGAUUACAUGCCUAAUGGAAGCUUGUUUUGGCUCCUUCACGGUAAUCGUGGGCCGGGUCGGACCCCACUGGAUUGGACCACGAGACUGAAGAUAGCAGCUGGGGCGGGCCGUGGGCUGGCUUUUCUUCACAACACAUGCAAGACUCUUAAACUCACCCACGGUAACAUCAAAUCCACGAACAUCCUCCUCGACAAGUCCGGAAACGCGCGCGUCUCAGAUUUCGGUCUUUCCGUGUUGGCCUCGCCCACCGUCAACGCCCCGCGAUCCAACGGCUACCGUGCGCCGGAGACAUCCGACUGUCGAAAACCCACACAGAAAUCCGACGUCUACUCGUUCGGAGUUCUUCUGCUGGAGCUGCUAACAGGAAAAUGUCCUUCGAUCGUGGACAGUGGUGGGCCCGGUUGCGGGUACGGUGGGGUGGUUGAUCUGCCGCGGUGGGUCCAGUCCGUGGUGAGGGAGGAAUGGACGGCGGAGGUUUUUGAUCUGGAGUUAAUGAGGUACAAAGAUAUUGAGGAGGAGAUGGUGGGGUUGUUGCAGAUUGCCUUGGCUUGCACGGCGCUGUCGCCCGAUCAACGGCCCAAGAUCGGACACGUGGUGAAGAUGAUCGAGGAGAUACGUGGGGUCGAGGUGUCUCCGUGUCACGAAGCUCUUGGCUCGGUCUCCGACUCACCCUGCUUGUCUGAGGACACGUGCGGGGCAGCGAGUCAGUGAGUUUGCGGGAGAUUUUCUAUGUUUAUUUUUUAAUUUACCUUUUCCAAGUUAAUCUUAAUCGUGGAUUAAUCAAUGAAAAUGUGCCAUUAAUUUAUAUU